AUGAAGCCGACUUCGUCUGCGGCGCCGGGGCGCGGCCGCUACAGCCAGCAGCGUGGGCGGCUGUCUGCCUCCUCGCGGGCUUCUGCCGAUGAAGGAAAGGGAUCCGCGGACGCGUCUCUUUCUGGGCGCCGCGCGCGCCAGGCGGAAGACAGGGGCGCCGUGGGCUCCGCCGGCGAGUUCAACCCCGACUUCCUCUACAAAGAUGAGCAAGACAGAGAAGCGCUGGAGAGCAUGAAUGAGUUCGAGCGAGAAGCCGAACUCGCGAGGCGGUAUGAGGAACUCGUCCGCGAGCGCCAGCGGAAGGAGCUGCUGCGGCGGCGCGAUAAGGACAAGAAAAGCAAAGCAGGGCGCCUGGGAGAUGCUCUCAGCGACAUCCGUGCUAGGCGAGCACGGCAGAAACAGCAGCAGCGGCCAACAAGCGAAGACGAGGAAGAAGAGGAGGGAGAAGUCUCUGGGAGUCGGAAGGACGGCAGCGAAGAGAUGAGUGCUUCGUCUUCUUCGUCGUCCUCCUCCUCUGAAGAUGAGGAAGAAGAGGAAGGCGAGAGAAAGAAGCGCCUCUCGACGCGCUGUGCGGCCUCCAGCGGGGUCGUAGCCCCCGGCGCGGGCGUCUCCGCGAUUGCCGACGCCGCCUUGGGCUCGGCUGCCGCGACCGCGGGGACACUUUUGGAGCCCGACCGCCCGGUCGGUGCCGCCGGCGGUCUCGCCCAAGAUGCCGGAGCGGUCGCAGGCGAGGUUUUCGGCGAAGACCCGGCCCUCGCGGGAAGACGAAAAGGCGGCGUGGGCGCGCGAGCUGGCAGAGAGGAUGAAAAGAACGAGCAGACCGUGGCGCAGCAGCGGACGCUGCUGGAGGAGGACGGCCGCGCAGACGACUUGUUCGACGAGGAUCGCAUGGACAGCGACGAGGCGCGGCGGAAGGAGACGUCGCGGCGCAUGCUGCAGAAGAUUUCGUUGGAUCUGCUUAACAGCGUGCGGCUCUCUACCGAGCGGCUGCUGCACAUGCUUGAGCAUCCGCAGGCGGAGAAGUUCGUCCGCGGCUGCUUCGUGAAGGUUCCUCAGCCGGCGUCUGCGCGCGCCGCAGGCCUUGGCGGCGAGCCACCUUUCGGUUGGGUGUGUCAAAUCGUCGGUCUGCGACCCUGCGAGACGUACUUGGUCCCCUUGGACCGCGCCUUCUUCGCGUCGCCCGGGAAGGACGGCGCAUGCAGAAAGGGCGAAGGCACGCCGUGCAACGUCCUGCUUCUCCUCCGCGUCGCCCCGCGUGCCGCCGCCAAGUUCGACCGCGAAUUUUCCCUCGUUGACCUGCUCAACAGCCCCGUGACCCCCGCCGAGUACGAGGAGUGGAAAAAAAAACUCCAGGAGUUCGACUCCGUCGAGGACCUCUCCAAGAAACUCCGAGCGAAGAUGCAGCAGCUCAAAGAGUUCACUUUCACAGACGAGGACGUGCAAGCUAUUUUGGCGAAGAAGCAGCAGGACGCGGCUUCGGGCGCGUUUCUGACCACAACGGGCAAUCUGUUGAAGCAGCUCAUGUCGAUUAAGCACGAGAUGGAUUCGCUGAACGCGUCGCUGUCGAGUGUGUCCACGGCGAGUGCGUCGCGGCGCGAGUUGAAGGAGAAGCUGCAGGCUCUAGUCAGCCGGAAGGCGGAAGUUGAGCUGCGGCUGGCAAAGAGCAAAGCCGCCUCGGGGCGGGCUGCGCACGCGUCGCUGAUGCACCAGUUCAACAUGGAGAAACGCCGCGAGAAUCUCGCGAACUUCAUUCGACAGGAUGCCAACCGGUCCAUGCGCAGGGGCGCGGCCGCUGCCGCGCAGGACGAUGAGGCGCGGAGGAAGCGCAGCCGCAGCGAGCCACGCGAUGAGCAGGGUGACGCAGAGAGACUCCGCGGCCGCGAAGAUUCCCGACAAAGAGCGGAAACCCGAGGCGCCCCUAGUGUCUCGCCAGGUCGUCUCAGAGAGAGCUCCAUGGACCGCGGCGGGCUGUCGUCGCAAGAUCUGCCCAUAGAUCCGGAGGCCCGGAAGCGCAGCACGAGUCCCUCGCCGUCUCAGCCGCGCGGCGGCGCCUUUUCGCCGGCUGCGUCCGCCUGUCCGCAGUCGAGCGCCGCCUGGCAGUUUCUACUGCACGGAUCGCCCAGGGAGCAGCGUGCCUGGGUUCGAGACACGGUUCAACGUCAUCGUCAGGCUGGCCCUCUGCACCUAGACACCAGCGCCAUUCCGCCGCCGCGCGCGCAUGCGUCGAUCGUCGCCCUUCUCUCUCCAGCCCCGCCUCCGCCUGCGGACGCACUUUUGAUUUCACUCGAGGAGUACAAACAGCAGGUUGCGCAGCUCGCCAACAUGCAGCUGGCUGGCUGA